AUGACUGGACAAGUAAGUAUGCGUGACCCGAGUACCCUAAUUCAGCCGACGAGAUCAGGAGUCCCAUCUCAUUUCCGACUUUGCUGCACGCGACGGAUCCCGAGUACCACAACUCCCCCCAGACGAGGAGGUCGCCCCGACCGACUGACUUUAAAAGACGUCUGUGUUGAGAGGCCUCUCUUUCUCUCCUUCUUCCACCAUCCGCGACACUCGAUCCUCCAGCAUGUCCGACCUCGCAGACCCCCACCAACUCUGUUACUCCUCAGUCCCCCUCCGCCGACGACUUCCAGGCCCUCAAGGAAAAGGUCAUCGAGCUCGAGCGGCAACUCGCCGAGGUCAGAGGCACCAUCGACCCCGACUCCUUCAAAGGUACAGAGCGGGGUGAUUGUCGAUGCGCACAAGUCUGGGGAAGCGGCGGGAAGCUCUUGGGCUACUGUGGCGGAUCCGAUCGAGUUUGGAGAACAUCUGUUGACGUGCGAGAUCCUGCCUUCGUCGUCAACUGGUGGGUACGACUUUCGCAUCAUCGGAGUCGCCAACAACUGA